AUGUUUGGCCGUUCAAUUAUCCUGUCCCUCCUCCUGGAGGCUUCAUUCACUAAUGCCUUCCCCAACAUGGCUGAAGCAUUAGCAAAGAGUCACCUCGACGAGCGCAUUGCUCCUAUAGCUCCCUUCCCUGAAUAUCCAGGAGCAGCCUAUCACGCGCUGUACAACAAAUUCGAUGCAAAGUCCCAGCUGGUCUCAACAUCUGGCGAGCACGCAUUCAUCGCUCCUGGACCGGGUGAUAUUCGCGGCCCUUGUGCCGGUUUGAACGCAGCAGCCAACCACGGCUAUCUGCCACGCGAUGGUAUCGCCACAGCUGAGACCGUCAACACUGGAUUGUGGGAAGCCUUUGGACUGGACAAGACAGCUACUCUGUUCUUGCAAACGGCGACGAUGUUCUUUGACGGUGACCCAGUAUCUGGUCGAUGGUCGAUUGGGUACCAUUCGGAUAAGACGAAUAGUCUUGGUGUUUUGGGAGACUUGUUGGGGAACCAGACCGGGAUUUGCGCGUAUGGGCAUUUGAAGACGGAGGGUGAUGCGUCAAUUACUCGUGGUGACUGGCUCGCUCCAACGCAGAACUCCAAUUGUGCAUCUUACCCCGAGUUCGCACAAGAGCUUCUCGAUCUCGCCAAAGCUCGGACAGGAGGCAACAUCACGCCCCAAGUCCUAGCCGAGCAUCAAUACAACCGCAAACAACACUCUAUCGCCACCAACCCUUAUUAUUUCUCCCCAGCGUACGCAGGCAUUGCUUUCACAUUCGGCGCACACAUGUUCGCGUAUGAGCUCCUCGCCAACCACUCUGCCGAAGACCCACGUGGGUUCCUGACACCUGAAGUCUUCGAGAGCUUCUUCUCAUACACACGAGACGCUAAUAACAAGCUCGUGUUUACUUACGGGCAUGAAAGGAUCCCAGAUAACUGGUAUCGACGAGCAGACGACGAUGCCUGGACAUUGACCGAUAUUCUAAUCUCCACGGCCCAACAAUGCAUUUCCUACCCAUCCAACUGCGCCAUAGGAGGUAACACCGGAACCGUAAACUCCUUCGCGGGCGUCAACCUCGGCGAUAUCUCAGGUGGCUUCAUCAAUGCCGCUACGGAUCUCCAGGAUCCAGAGAAGAUGGGUUGCUUCAUCUCGCAGGUGAUCCAAGCCGAUGUUCCUAGCUUCUUGGAUAACGUUUUCAACGGAGCGGCGUUGACGAGGGUGCUGGGCAUGAUUCCAACGGUGCUGAUGCCAGCUUUGGCACCGUUGGGGAAUUGUCCCGGGUUGCCGAAGGGGAAAAGUAUGUUGGAGUAUGGGCAGACGUUCCCAGGGGCGAGGAUGGCGAUGAGUGGGAAUAGGAAUCCGUAUAGGAAGUGA